AUGAGUAGAGUACUCGAUGAAGUAAUUGGCUUGAGCCCAUAUAACUAUGCUGACAGUCUCAAUUGGAACAAACAAGCCGUUGAGCAGAUAACAAAAAGACUUGUGGCCCUAAAUCGACCCUAUAAAUAUAUUGUGAAUUCUUCCCUUUUGCAAAUUGGUAAUGGAACUGGUAUGAAUGUGAGCACAAUCUCAUAUUGGAACAAGGCCACUGAUCGUGAGUAA